AUGCCAUGGCCGUUGGUGGCUGUGGCGUGCGGAGGUGGAAUACUCGUCGGCAGAUACCUCUAUAGACGGUUACCGGCGCACUGGAGAGUGCUGUCGCGCAACCCUGGACAGCUUACCGGUGUAGGCAUUAUGGGAGGCCGUUUGGGCCGAAUGAACCUAAAAGGGUUCGAGCAGAAGAUGACCUACUCCGAAGCAUGUAGCAUCUUAAACGUGUCGUCGACGGCAUCCAAGGACAAGAUCCGCGAAAACUACAAACAACUCAUGAUGCGCAACCACCCGGACAACGGAGGAUCCACCUACAUCGCAUCCAAGGUCAACGAGGCCAAGGACUACUUGCUUAAGUGA